AUGACCAUCAAGGUCAUCAGGGGAUUGACCGAACAUUCAAGCUGGUACGUCAACGGUUUUACUGGCCUGGGAUUUAGAGGAAGGAAUAAAAUUCAGGAUGUUUGGGAGGAUUUACCUCACUGUGUGCUGGAAAGAGUGGACCCAGAUAAAGCGGUGUAUAAGGUAGUUCCUGUGGAUCAAUCGCGUCUACCAAAGAAUGUGCAUCGGUCGGAGCUACGUCGUUGCGGACCUCUGCAGAAGGAGCCUGUACGGUCAAGAGAGUAUCAAGGGAUAGACUCCGGCACAAGCACGGCACCGUCUGAGUCUGAGGAGGAUUGGGAAGAGCUUCGACUGGUGGUACAAGAAAACCUGUCUUCUGGAGUGGAAAGGGAAGUGAGUGCAGAGGAGGUGGUUUCCAGAGAUGAUGAGAAAUCGAUAUUCACUAGCACAGACUCUACUGUUCGACGCUCUCAGAGGACCAGAGCAGGACAGCAUAGUAAUCCCUUUAGGGAGCCACGAUCGGUGCAGGGUAUGGAAGCUGCAGCAAUCCCCACAGUGCUAAGUUGUGGCGUAAGACCCCCGUCUAGUGAAAUUGGGGCAAUUGAGACAGUUUUAGAUCUUUUGCUGCAAACGUCGAGCGCUCCUGGGAACCCCGGUAACCAGAGCGGCCGGAGCAUGAAAGCAGAGGAAGGAAAACACAGCCUGAACUGUCUCUUCAAACUUUACUUUAACAACAGGACGUGUGUUUGGCUGCAGAUUCUCUUCAAACUUUAUCCCACUACAACUUUAAGCAGGAGUGCUGCACAGAAAACUACAGCCUCCAUCUUUGAUCUGAGCCUGAAAACAAGGAGAGAGAUGGGUGAUGAGCAAAGCAGAGCAGCGUAUGUAAGGGAGCAAGAGACGCAGAAAAUGAACAGUUUUCGGAGUAGAGUCAGCAAUGAUCCAGAUAUGAGAGUCAGUCAGGGCAUCCAGAUGUUCACCAGUCUGUCUGCUUCAGACAACCUGAGACAACACUAUGAGAAGAGGAAACUGGAGGCGGGCGGCCACGCUGCAGAGUGGUCCAAAAACCUGGUGGAGAAGCUGGGCAACUUGCUACCAGCUCCAGAACUGACGGGCCUCUUAGCGCUGGUCAUCGCCAUCAUUAUCGACACCGUUUCCUCCAGUCUGCCUGAGGAGAGCACAAAGGACAUUCUGCGCAGCGUGUUUGCUGAGGAGAAGGCCUCCGAGGUCUGGGAUCAGAUCGACGAGUGCCUGAAGAGAUGCGAGAUGAACAUCAACAACAGGGGCGGGCUGAUGAGCGACAUCAAACGGAUCGAGGGCCAUCUGAGCGCCGCCAUCACCAAGCUGAAGAACUCCAUGCUGAGGGACGGGCACAUGUCGAAUCAGGCUCUGAAGGCCUGGGUGAACGGGGCGGCCUUCCACAUCCAGAUGCUGAUUCAACUGGUGAGACUGGAAGGGACUCCAACCUGUGACCCUGCAGAGAGACUUCUCUCUCUUUACCGGAGAGACCUGGAGCUGCUGUUCAACAAGCACGAGGAGGUGAUAAAAGGAAAGUGCAGGGAGAAAAAGACGGGACACCCAAAGUACUAUUUCGAGUACUAUCUGGUGGAUGAAGAUGCAAACGAGUUUAGAACAUAUGGUGACUAUAAAAAAUAUCUUGAGGCUUAUUAUGAUCACAGGUACGGCCAGCAGAAGCGUGAUAUUCAGCAGUACUUUAGUGGCGUAAACCAGAACCUGAAGAAGCUGGUUCAUCAAACAGGCUCCUUUAAUAUCAACUAGGGCUGUCAAUCUUCCUCUAUAAUACUAUUUGAAUUCCAUUCCUUAUUUUAUGUAAUAUUCGAAUAAUAUUCGAAUAUUAAAUGCUCAAAUUGAUCCUAUUAUUAGUAUUUACGACAUUACACAUUCUUAUGGAUCGUCAAUGCCAAGCCUGUGGUUGUUGUUACACGUUCGGCCCACUAGAGGGAUAUCUAACAUUACUACAAUAAACAUUUAGGGGUUGUUUACACCUGGCCACUUCAUGCGUUUU